UAAUAGCAUUGGUUCAAUACCACCACACUAAACAAGCUGAGAAAGAGAGCAAAUCAAAACCUAAAAUGGGUGCUUUUGUGAAGAUAAUCGACGCCAUACUCUUCGUAAUGUUCGCCAUAGCGGCGGCGAACGCGGUGCUAAUAGACGUGCAGUUGUGUCUACCUCAGAACCUCUUCACAAGCUCGCUGGUGGAGCUCAAGAACUGGUAUGUCAGGGAGUUCGACGAUUAUCUUGGUGAAGAGAAGCCUCAUUUCUUUGUUGGUCUCGUUUGGGUUGAGCUCAUACUGCAGUGGCCCCUUCUCGUUGCCAACUUGUAUGGGAUUUUGGCAGCUAAGCCUUGGUACAGAACCACUUGCUUGCUCUAUGGCGCUUCUUUCUUCACCACCAUGGGCGCUAUUUUACCAGAGCUGUUAUGGUCCGGCAAGGCAUCUAAUACAAUGUUGAUGUUGUACUACCCUGCUGUGGGCUUUGCCAUCCUGGCCAUACUGCGCGGGUUGCUCCCUCCAUCUACCGCCAAUACUUCAACCAGUGGCAAAAGAACAACAAAAAGCACCGGCCAACCAAAGUAUCGGAAAGAAACUUAGAACUCAGAUUCUUUAUCAAAAUUUACGUCUUUUAGUUGUUCUCUUCUGUUACCUCUAUGUACCUUAAAUUCUAAUGUCUUGAUGAGAAAGAAUUGUUAUGAACUAAUGGCAUGUCAAUCAUGCUGUUGGUGUUUAUUUGGGAUUUUUUUGGUGGCCGUAAGUUAAAAUGCAUACCCCUCAGGGAAGAAGACACAAACGAAGUCACGAAAAGGAUGCAAAUGAGGGCUUCUUAGGAAAUAAUCCCCCAUCCUAGUGUUGAAUCAACUACCUUGAGCUUGAAGAUUAUCAAUGGUGUUUUAGAGAGAGAAAGAUUGUAAACACAUAAUGUAGAGAGAGAGAGAUCGAAGAGAAUGAGAGAGAAUUGCACUGUUUGUUAUUGCUUUCACUAACUGUCUGAAUGAAUACAAAAGGUUCCUAUUUAUACACUUCA